GUAUAAAAUUCGAUGUGUGCGCGCGUGCGUGUGUGCGUGUGCCAGUUAAGUGGAUGUUUGUUUGUUUGUUUGUUUGUUUUUUACACAGAUGUUGGGCUACUUUCCCUCGUGGCCAAUAAGAUGCAGCCUACAUUGACUGUCAGUCAAAUGCCAUAACCAUAUUUUUCUUUUUGUAUUUAUUUUUUAAUUUCCUUUUUAUUCAUUUGUCUUUGUAUGACGUUGAACAUCCAUUCUAAUACUUUCCUCACAAAUCUCUGAUGCCUUUCGUAUCUCUCUGUAGAAAAGUCUGGAAAUAUGACUGGCAUCUCCUUGCAGCCUAUGAGCAUCUCAAAUCCCCAAAUCCUGCAGGAUAUGACGGUUGAUUUUGCUUCAUGAAGUUGUAUGACUUUCACUGAGAGAAGGUAUUUCAUCUUUUUCAAUUUGAGUUUUUGCCAAAAUCACGUGAGCGUUAAAGUUUAUAUCAUACUUUGUUAAAAUAUAUAUUUGUUGUUUCUUUGUGUUGCUGUUGUUUUGAGAAGGCUGCACGUGGAUACGGCUGAGCUUCACCGGCCAACAGUAGUGGUGGAAGCGAUUAUUGGGCUUUUCCUUGCUUUUGAAUGCACAGCAUUGUUCCCCCAGCUCUGCUGAUGGUCCAGCGCUUUCCUCUCUACUUGAGCAUCAUUUAGCAUUUUUAAGCCUCUCUUCCUCUCCCUUUGUCAUGUACCCACGGUCUGUCAUAUGUCAUGCCACAGGUUGUGUUGAUUUGCAAUGCCACUCAUGGUUGUGUGCCUAUUCAGGCUGGCACGUGGACAGUUAUCCUUCCCCACAGAGAGGCGCAAAUGAAUGGUGCUAUAACACAAAAGCUUUAGACCCUGUCAGCCCACCAAGGCCCCUCUGACCCCCCCACCUUUUUAAAGUGAUGCAUAGACCCGAAAGGCAUCAGGGCCUCCGUCUGGCAGCCCCUUCUUUGGAUUAAACUCACACUCUGCUCACUAUGGUCACUGAUUGAGUGACGUCAGCCCGGCCCGUGCAUACGUUUGUAAACUUGUUUGCGUGAUGAGGCUUUUACAGGGGGGGUGGGGGCUGACAGAAUCAAAGCUGUCCAAUACUCGAGCCUCAAAUUGACUCUAUAGACUUUAUUAUUCCGUCGCUCCUUCAGCUGCGCUCGCACGCCAUUUGGCCACAACCUAUUCAUUUUAACCGACACACAGCAGACAUGUCGCAAAUCCUGCAGAUUCCUGCAGUCUUUAAAGAAGAGCUAUACACAACGGUGUUUCGAACAGGUACGGGAGGCUGCCUCGGCUUAUGGACGCACGGAGCUGAGGAAACACGUGUGUUACACCACACCAUAUAUUUUAGAAGCACGAGUAAAGAGGGAGGUGUUGAGGAGGAGAGGCUGAGCCUCGGUCACAGGGAGACUACAAUAUAAGGUUUUUGAUUUCACUGCAUGCAGUGCUCUUUAAAUUAAAUAUUUGAUAUCAGAUCCGCAUUAACGCACGUAGCCUUCAUAACCUUCCCAGCCUCAGAGGAAUGUGACUGUAACAUACCCAUCAAGCAUCUCCACCGCUCUACAACAUCACGAUCAUGUCUGAUUUCAGUCUUGUGAAAUCUUGGAAAUAUAUAUAUAUAUAUAUAUACAUAUAUAUAUAUAUACGAAAGAACAGGACACUCUUCUGUGUCGUGCAAUUUUAUCCACACACGUCUGCACAGACAGAAUCACAGAAGUAUCUGGACGUUUCAUUGUCUCACUCAUGUCUCAUCUGUUGUACAGUCGAUGACUUCUUUAAGUUAAAAAGCACGCGUGGACCGUGUCCAGGACCACAGAGCACAUACGUGGCAUUUGGCCAUUAAGUCUGUAUCGGAAUCCAGCAGCAUCUAUAUGGGCGCAGACUAUCAAAUCCACGUAUUGUUUCAAUAAACACUGCACGCAGUGUGAUCAGUGGAGGCUGCAGCCUGGAUCCAGUGGAGCAGCAGUCUAUAUGGGGCUGUUUGCACAGAAAGAAGUGUGCGUAUGCUGACAGACAGACUGUCCAUGUCCGCAGAGAACCAACAAUAAAAUUAUCAUAACAAAGAGCACUGACAGACUCAAAGGUGGGUUUGAUUUUUUUUUUUUUUUUUUGCAAUACUGUCCUUUUAUUCGGAAAAAAAUCAGAGGACAUCUGUUCCAGGAGAAAAACACUCCACAAAAAAGAUCGAUUCAAUUUCAUUAUUUUAAAUAUUGGUCACAUUUUUUAAAAGAUAAUCUUCACCACCAAACAUAUCAAAAUGCUACGAGACAGUGAGACAAACUAUACAGGCCAGAGCUGACCAGAACACUCCAAAGAAGGCUGUCACAUUUAUUAUUUAGGAGAAAACACACACUUAUUGACAACGUGUCCUCACUAUAGUUUCGUAAUGGAUGUCACGAUAACCUGUUUCUCCAACAUCACUUCACGAUACUCCUCCAAAUGUCAGCCUCUCCCUGGUAUCUGAUGGUGCAGAAAACCUUAGCUGAACAUCGAGAUUCUUAUUUUAUUUUAAUGAAAUUAUUACAGUAAAUAUUAUGAUUAAAAAAGGAAGAACUCUGAGGUUGUUUUUUUCUUCUCUCCAUUAAACCAUACACAAUAGCUUUUUGGGGUUAACUAAUAUUAAAUUAGAUUGUCAGAUAUGUAUUGUUUUUACCACUUUAGUUUCUAAAAUAUCCACCUUAUUUAUUAUUGGUCGUAUUGGUUUAAACAUGUAGCUUUACUGUUUUUCUCUGUUCAGGGGAUAACUGACAAAAGCUAUUAAAUCUUUCACAUUUUUCUUGUCAUUCUUCCAGAGCGAAGUGAAAUAUUUGUAUAAAGUCCAAUUUAAAUAUUCCAAAAAAAGGUACCAAUUCUUUAUUUUCCCUCCAAAUGUUUUAGCCAAAUGAAUCCAAAACACACACUUCUGUGUAAACUGGAAAAUAUCGGUGUGUCUCAUAUUUGAAUAACAUUUUAACGUCUAUUGUUUUGAUAUUGAAAUAGAAAUAAAAUAUCCUGCUACAGAUGUCAGUCCAUGUUGUGUGCAGUUUAAAGUAAACAUAAAUUAGAUUAAACUUUAUUUAAAAAAAAUGUUUAAAAAAGCAGCAUUUUGUCAUCAGCGUAAAGUCUCGUUGUCUUAGUGCCUGAAAUAUAUCUUAGUAAAAUCAGGUGCUUUUCUUUGCUCAUAAUAAGAUCAUUUUUAUUCCGGCUGUACCACAGCAGCCCUGCUCUGCCUCUGACAGCAGCCUGCCUCGCUCUUUGCAUAGGAAUCGCCUUAAACGUGGUUUAAUUUUUAGCGAACUGCUGCUUUCAAAAAUGGUUUUGCACGUUUACAAGAGGACUGCGCGUCAAAGUGGCACAUUUCAUUUCCGACCUCUGUAGCCGCCGAUCCCACUGAUGUAUUCCAAUAAGUUGUUGAAAACGCACACUAUCAACUAAGUCACGGAGAACGCGACGCGUGUGCGUGCGAUUCGUGCGCUUUAACGCGACCAAAAUGACACAUUCGGUUCGAAAGACACGAAAUAAAAUAAAGCAUGACCGCUUAAACUUUUACUUGUGUCCACAUUUGCAUAUCCUUUAUUUAAGAAAAGACACACAAAGUGUAGAAAAAACAUUUCAGAAAGUGUAAAAAGAGCGAGUGGGGAAAAAAAGCAGUGUCUGUAGCAGCGGGCUGAGCCAUGCUCCAGUAUUAACUUUCACAAUCUUCAGUCUAAUCAAACUCUUACUUUCCGCUGUUCUUAAUUCCAUAUUUUUCAAUUCAUGGCCAUUACUUUCCUCUUUUUCCUCCUUGUAUCUAUCUAUCCAUCCCUCCCUCCCUCCUCCUCCUUCCCCCUCCCUCCCUCUCUCUCCCGAGCUCUCUCCUUUGCUGAAUCUUAUUGAUCCAGAAGGCGGCUAAUUAGCCCUUCCCUUCGUGCCUGUGUAAUGAAGCACAUGCGCACUGAAUUAAUCACAGCCAUUUUUUGCAGGAAACUAAUUAGCAGGAAUAAAGAUCCAAAGAGUUUUUUCUUUUCAAUCAUCAGAUCUCACUUUCACCUCUUCCUCGCUCCCUCUAACACAAGACUCAUCGCCUGCUUUGCAUCCAAAUUAUUUUUAUAUUGCCUUUAACAACUUAUACUUGGUUUUUCUACACUCCGCAACAACAAUGCUCUUUCUUUUGCCACCCUAAGCGCAAACUGACCAAAAGGGGACUGCCUUGAUGGGAUCUUUAGCAAAAUCAUCUCACUACUGGAUUAAAAAGCGAGGAUCACAAAGCGGCAGCGAGAAAUUGCCUGGAUGCGAUGAACGCCUCAUGUAGGCAUCAGCAUGGACAGCUGUGAGUCUCCCGUAGUUUCUGGGACAGACGAUGGGCUCAGCUCCUCCCAGCAGCAGCAGCAGCUACCACAGCCCUGGAACGAUCACUCUAGCUCACAGGUCCCCUGCAACAACCAGGCUCCUUCUCUGGACCCUCUGUCACUUUCUACUUCCUAUGCUUCACAUACCCCAAAUCCCAGUACAACUAAUGAAGGUAUAAGAGAAUUACAGUCCCAGAAUCAUCAGCAAAAACAGACAUUAGCCCAAACCCACAGUGGUUGUCCUACUACAAGGCAGCUGCAUCGCAGAGAAGAGGCUGUUGAAGAAGAGGAGCAGGAGGGAGUGAGCUGUGGAGAAGAGGAAGACUCUGAAGACUUGGAUGAAAUGGAGAUUGACAGUUGUUUCCCAAGCCUUCAACCCUUUUCUGGGAUGCCAAUGGCCUCAGGUGUAGGGGGCAUGCCCACUCUUUUGCGACACCAACCCACACAACAGCGGGUAACUCCUGAGAGUGGCAGUGAGGAUGGUGAAGAGGAAGAGGAAGACGAGAGCAGUGAUGUGGAAAAUCUAGCUGGAGAGAUUGUCUACCAGCCAGAUGGGUCAGCGUACAUUGUCGAGAGCCUAAAUCAGUUGAUCCAAAGUGGUGGAGGUGUGGUUCCCGGCCUACUUCCAACAAAUUCGCUUACCAGUGGGGGGAAACUAGGUGAACCAUCUGGUUCUUCAUGUUCGGUCUACCCUCAGAUCAUCAACACAUUUCACAUAGCCUCGUCCUUCGGGAAGUGGUUUGGCAAUUCAAACCAAGGUUUCCCCAAUACCUCAUCUAUGGCAGGCCUCAGCCCUGUCCUGCACAGUUUUCGUGUCUUCGAUGUGCGACACAAAAGCAACAAAGAUUACCUAAACAGCGAUGGGUCUGCCAAGAAGUCCUGUGUAUCCAAAGAUGUUCCAAACAAUGUGGAUUUCUCCAAAUUUGAUGGGAUAGCCCUUUAUGGUAAGGGAAAGCCCAUUCUUAUGUGUUUCCUCUGCAAGCUGUCCUUUGGCUACGUGCGUUCCUUUGUCACCCAUGCUGUCCAUGAUCACCGAAUGACACUGUGUGAGGACGAACAGCGCCUGCUAAGGGACAAGCAAGCAUCUGCCAUCAUCCAGGGCAUUGGAAAAGACAAAGAGCCCCUAAUUAGUUUCCUGGAACCAAAAACGAAGAGUACUUCUCUGCCACCUAACCUGCACCCUAUGAACUCUGGCCAGAGCUUCUAUGGCACAUUUAGUGGUGUCCAUUUGGAGCCUGGAAGCAGUAGUGGGGGCAGUGAAAUUCUGAUGAAUAAAGACUCUGAUUCUAGCCUCCAAAAACCACAGCAACAGCAAACCCCAGUAAGCUCAGUCCUCUCUCUAGGAGGGAUGAGCGUUCCCAAAGCAUCUAUUGCAACCUCAUCCCCAGGCACUGCCAAAGACUCCAGUGCCCUGUCUAAACAGGGAGGGAGAAUAGAGGAGACUGAGUUAACACGACAGGGAGAGGACGUGGAAAAAGAAGGCAAUGAAAGCAAGGCACACCUAUCAAACCAGGUGGUGGGUGUAAAGGAAGAAGGACUGUUAUUAGGAGAAGAAAAAAAUGAGGUCGAAGCAGAAAGCACUGGAGUAGCUUGUGGUGGUAACAGUAGCAGUGGUGGGAGUGAAGUGGGGGAACCAGCUGUCUCAAACCAAAGCAUUUCCAAAUCUCCUUUAUUAAUGCCUAAUAGCUCACUUCAGCCUUCUGCCUGCACCUCUGUGGUCAGUUCCGCACCCAACAGCAAAACCCCUGCUUCCAUUUGCUCCUCUGUAAAGGAAGAUGGUUCAGCUGCAGAUGGUGGGGGGAGGACCUCAGAGCUCCCUCUGAGCUUUAACUGCCAGGGACCCCCUGUUCCCAUGGCAAUGGCAGCAGCUGCUGUCAGAAGGAGCGAGGAUGACACUGCUGGCACUUCCUCCUCACCUCUGUCCUCCAAUGCCGCUGCUGAUGAAAGUGCCAAUCGAGAUAGUGCCACAGCUCCAGAACCAAAUGAUUGCCCAGCAGAAGGUGAAGAGGAAAAUGGAACACUUUUGCACCAUCACCACAUGCUCCAUCAUCAUCAUCACCUCCACCCUUCAUCUCAUGGACACUCGCACCCUCUUUCAGCAGGCUCCUGCGAUGUAACCGGAAUGGGUGAGUGUUCUCAAAACCAUGGGUCUGGUGGCAUCACAGGAAGUGGGGUUGAAUGCCCUAAAUGUGACACUGUCUUGGGUUCCUCACGUUCCUUAGGUGGUCACAUGACCAUGAUGCAUUCACGCAACUCUUGCAAGACACUGAAGUGUCCCAAAUGCAACUGGCAUUACAAGUACCAGCAGACGUUGGAGGCCCACAUGAAAGAGAAGCACCCAGACUCUGGUGGCUCCUGCAUGUACUGCAGCAGUGGUCAGUCCCACCCUCGUCUGGCUCGUGGAGAGAGCUAUACCUGUGGAUACAAGCCCUUUCGCUGUGAGGUGUGUAACUAUUCUACAACCACAAAGGGCAACCUAAGCAUCCACAUGCAGUCUGACAAGCACCUGAAUAACAUGCAGUCACUACAAAAUGGAGGCUCAAUUGGACCUGCACAAGAGCAGGUGUUCGGGCAUAACCCGGGAGGAGUGGUCGCUGUACCUUCAGUGACCCAGGCCAGUAGCCAUCACCCCUCUCACCACCAUCCUACACAGUCCUCUACCCAUAUGGCUGGACCCUGUGGGACACCUUCUCCAACCAAGUUGAAGAGCAAACCUACAUGGCGGUGUGAGGUAUGCGACUACGAAACCAACGUGGCACGGAACCUGCGGAUCCACAUGACGAGUGAGAAGCACAUGCACAACAUGAUGCUCCUCCAGCAGAAUGUGACUCAAAUGCAGCACAGCCGGCUUGGCUUGGGAGCCAUGCCUUCACCGUCUGAGGCUGAGCUGUACCAAUACUACCUGACUCAGAAUAUGAGCCUUCCACCAGGCCUGAAGAUUGAUCCAAAUAGUGCAGAGGCCCAGUUCCUAAUGGGAAGCUUUCAUCUGGAUCCCAACAUGGGUGCCCUGGCUCCAGGACUGGUCGCUGGUGAGCUUCCUAUGGACGUGCGAUUGGGCGCAGGGCAGUUGGUGAGUGAAGAACUGAUGACCCUGGGAGAAAGUCUCUCACAGACCAGUGAUCCCUCCCUCAAGCUCUUUCAGUGUGCUGUGUGCAACCACUUCACAACUGACAACUUGGAUGUGCUUGGCAUGCAUAUGGGAGCUGAACGCAGCCUACCGGAGGAUGAAUGGCGCGCCGUGGUGGGUGACUCCCACCAGUGCAAGUUGUGCCACUACACCACUCAGCUCAAGGCCAACUUUCAGCUGCACUGCAAGACGGACAAGCAUGUGCAGAAGUACCAGCUUGUAGCCCACAUUAAAGAAGGUGGCAAAGGCAAUGAAUGGCGCCUCAAGUGUGUAGCCAUCGGCAACCCUGUGCACCUGAAGUGCAACGCCUGUGACUACUACACCAACAGCCUGGAGAAGCUGAGGAUGCACACUGUCAAUUCCCGACAUGAGGCAAGCCUCAAACUCUACAAGCACCUGCAGCAGCACGAAAACGCAGUGGAGGGUGAUGCCUGCUACUACCACUGUAUGCUGUGUAACUACUCGACCAAGGCCAAGCUCAAUCUGAUCCAGCAUGUGCGCUCCAUGAAGCACCAGCGCAGUGAAAGCCUCAGGAAGCUUCAGCGCUUGCAAAAAGGCCUGCCGGAGGAGGAAGAGGACCUGAGCUCCAUCUUCACCAUUCGCAAAUGCCCUUCUUCAGACACAGGAGAGCUGAGCGAGGAUGUGGAGGCUGCUAGUGAGACCACCACAGACCAGGAGGACCAAACCAAAGACAGAGAAAGUGGGGGGGAGAAGGAGCUCACCAAAGGGACAGCUCUGUCAAGCCACUUGGAACAACAGCAGACUGAAUCCCAAACCCCCUCCAAGAGGCCCUCGUCAAGGUCAGAGCCAUCGGACAGCACUCUCUCACCGAAACGUCCCAGAACAGCUGAGAAGAACGCCUCAGAGCAGAUGUACCAGUGCCCCUACUGCAAGUUCACCAACACAGAUCUGAACCGCCUCAGAAUGCACGUGAUGACACAACACUCGGUCCAGCCUAUGUUACGAUGCCCGCUCUGCCAGGACACGCUCAACAACAAGAUCCACCUGCAGUUCCACCUCACACACCUCCACAGCGUGGCCCCUGACUGUGUGGACAAGCUAAUUGCCACCGUGACAGCAACUGAAGUACUGCCAGCCAGCAUGUUCAUACCUGUUCCUAGUCCAGACAAGGAGUGUCAGAGCACCCCUCACUCUACAGCUAACUCUAACUCUGAGGAUACGAAGAAACAAAAUGAUGCCUCAGACGCUGAUCCAGGGAAAGGACUGUCAUUCCACGCAGAAAUAGCUGAAGCUUGCAAGUCCCCAGUAGAGGAACAGCAGUCAGAAAAGGAUGAUCCAACGGGAUUUCUGUGCUGGAAGAAGGGUUGUAACCAGGUGUUCAAAUCCUCCAACUCCCUUCAGUUGCACUUCAAUGAGGUUCACAACAAAAGACCCCAGUUGCCUGUGUCAGAUCGCCAUGUCUACAAGUAUCGUUGUAACCAGUGCAGCCUGGCCUUCAAGACUGUGGAGAAACUACAACUUCAUUCCCAGUACCAUGUCAUCAGAGCAGCUACAAUGUGCUGCCUCUGUCAGAGAAACUUCAGAACACUGCAGGCUUUGAAGAAGCAUUUAGAAACCAGUCACCUGGAGCUCAGUGAGGCUGAUAUUCAGCAACUUUACGGAGGCCUAUUGAUGAACGGUGACAUUACAGUAAUCGGGGAUCCUUCUUUCGGUGAGGAACACGGGAGUCUGGGAGAAGAUGACAAAGAUGGCGAUGAAAGUGACCCAGAGGAAAAACAAAGUCCCACUGGCAGUGACUCUGGUUCACUGCAGGAAGAUUCUGGAUCUGAACCUAAACGUGCUUUGCCAUUCAGAAAGGGACCUAACUUUACCAUGGAGAAGUUCUUGGACCCUUCUCGUCCUUUCAAGUGCACUGUAUGCAAAGAGUCUUUUACACAAAAGAACAUUCUUCUCGUUCACUAUAACUCUGUCUCCCACCUUCACAAGGUGAAAAGGGCUCUCCAGGAGUCCACCACCGGUCAACCUGAGCCGACAAGUAGUCCUGACAACAAGCCAUUCAAAUGCAGCACUUGUAACGUGGCAUAUAGCCAGAGUUCCACUCUUGAGAUUCACAUGCGUUCGGUUCUACAUCAGACUAAAGCCAGGGCAGCUAAACUAGAAGCAGUGGGAGCUGGGGGUAUAACUAGCUCUUCAAGUGCCCUUGGAUUAAGCAGUGGAGGUUCCAGCAUCAGCACUUCAACAUCAAGUUCCAAUACAGCUACAAACUCAAGUACUUGUUCGACCAACCACAAUUCUUCGGGGUCUCAACCAACUCAAAGUAUUUUUGGAGGUAACCAUGUGAGCCAGACUCAUUCUAAUGAAAACCAGGGGAAUUCAUCAGCCAGCUGUCGUUCCUCACCGUCUGAGAACCAUGAGGUGAAAAAGAGCAAAUUUGCAGAUAUGCUCUCGGCCAGGAGUCAGCAACAACAGCAACAACAACAACUUCAGCAACAGCAGCAACAGCAAUUGGCUCAAGCGCAAGCCCAAGCUCAAGCUCAGCUCCAGCAAGAGCUCCAACAGCAGGCUGCCUUAUUACAGUCCCAGCUCUUUAACCCAGCACUUCUGCAGCAUUUCCCGAUGACAGCUGAUGCACUUCUCCCCCUUCAACAGCAGCAAUUGCUCUUCCCUUUUUAUAUUCCUGGAGCAGAAUUUCAGCUGAACCCAGAAAUAAACCUCAGUAAUUCGGCACUUGGCAUAGCAGGAUCAUCUUCCUCCUCACGAUUGGAGGAUCUAAAAAACUCAGCUCAGCAGGCCCAACAGAGCUGUCUGCAGCAGCAGUUGAUGCACCAUCAUCUUCAGCAGCAGCAGCAGCAGCAACAACAGUCUCACUCCCAGGCUCAGGGUCAAAUGAUGCAUCUGCAGCAGAGUGGAUCUCUUCCACAACAGGCUGAAAAAAAGCAGAAAAUGUCCCUGUUACACAGCGAAAAAGACAAAGAUGCACAAAGAGAAAAGGACACAACUGUUAAAAUUGAAGACAGCAUCCACAAAGAUGCUACAGAAAAUAAGCUGAAAGAAAAGGACAUUCAGCAUAUUUCCCUCAACAUAAGCCAUGAUACUGGAUUUCCUCCGCCAAGAAUUGCUUCAGAUGCUCGAGGAAAUGCAACCAAAGCUCUGCUGGAAAAUUUCGGGUUUGAGUUAGUCAUUCAGUACAAUGAAAAUAAACAGAAGGCUCAGAAGAAGAACGGUGGUCCUACAGGAUCAAAUGGGUCAGGUGGGAUAACAAGAGUGGUAGAUCCUGUGGAGGGACUGGAAAAACUGGAAUGUGAAGCCUGUGGCAAGCUUUUCUCAAACAUACUGAUUCUGAAAAGUCACCAGGAGCAUAUCCAUCAGGCCUUUUUCCCAUUUCGAUUCCUUGAGAGGUUUGCAAAGGAAUACAGAGAGCAGUAUGAUAAACUCUACCCACUGAGACCAUCAACACCAGAGGCUGCACCAGCUCCACCACCACCACCUCCCCCACCACCACCACCUCCUCCUCCACCCCAAAGAGCUCCUACACCAAAUAUUCCUGUAACUGCUGCAUCCCUAACCCCUCCCACUGUACCUCCCCCACAGCCACAAGUUUCAAUGACACAGAUCCCCAUGCCAAUGGAUUUGCCUCUGUUUUCACCACUCAUGAUGCAACCUAUGUCCCUUCAGUCUUUGCCCACUCACUUGCCUCCCCAGUUAUCAUCAGUUGAGCCAAGCCUUGCCUCAGACCUGGCACAGCUGUACCAACAACAGCUCACACCUGCUAUGCUCCAACAGCAGCAGAACAAAAGGCCACGAACGCGGAUCACAGAUGACCAGCUGAGGGUCCUGCGACAGUACUUUGACAUUAACAAUUCACCAAAUGAGGAACAAAUUAAAGAGAUGGCAGAUAAGUCAGGGCUGCCACAAAAAGUGAUUAAACACUGGUUUAGAAAUACACUUUUUAAAGAGCGACAACGCAACAAAGACUCGCCCUACAACUUCAAUAAUCCACCAAUUACCACUCUAGAUGAUGUAAAAAUUGAUUCAAAGCCUCCUUCUCCUGAACCACAGAAACAGGAAUUCUAUGGAAGUAAGAGAUCUUCCAGAACCCGGUUUACUGACUACCAGCUAAGAGUGCUACAAGACUUUUUUGAUGCCAAUGCUUAUCCUAAAGAUGAUGAAUUUGAACAACUCUCCAAUCUUCUGAGCCUCCCCACACGUGUUAUUGUUGUGUGGUUCCAAAAUGCUCGCCAGAAGGCCAGAAAAAAUUAUGAAAACCAGGGAGAAGGUAGCAAAGACGGUGAAAGAAGAGAACUGUCAAAUGACCGCUAUAUACGUACAUCCAAUUUGAAUUACCAGUGCAAGAAAUGCAGUCUGGUCUUCCAGAGAAUAUUUGAUCUGAUUAAGCACCAAAAGAAGCUGUGCUACAAAGAUGAAGAUGAGGAUGGGCAGUCAGAUAGCCAAAAUGAGGACUCAAUAGAUCUUUCCCAAGAAUGUUAUACUCCCUCUGGGACUUCUUGUCACACUCCAAUUCCCUCCUCUUCAAGCCUAUGCCCACUUCCACCCUCUUCAUCCACAUUCUCACACCUACCAUCUACUGAAAAGGAGGAUGCCUCACCAGCGACCACCUCGACCCUGCAUGAAGAAAAGCCCAAACAGUUACCAGAUGUUUCUGCAGACCCUAGAGAAACCCUGACUUCUAUCAAUCAGGAAGUUGUGCACCCACCACAGACUGAGGCACAACACCAUCGACCUCAGAGAGAAGAAAAGGUUCAAGCAACUUCGAAGUCCACCAAACAUUCAUCCUCUUCUUUCUCUCAGCAGCAACAGUCCUCGGCCUCUCAGAACAACCAAACAUUGUCUCAAAGCCCCCACAUGAGCCUCAAUUCACACCUGACCUCUGCCUCACAACAACUAGCACAACAGCUUAUUCCUUACCAGUGUGAGCAGUGCAAGAUUGCUUUCCCUUCGUUUGAGCACUGGCAGGAACACCAGCAGUUACACUUCCUCUCUGUGCAAAAUCAGUUUAUCCACCCUCAAUUUCUUGACCGUCCGAUUGACAUGCCUUUCAUGCUGUUUGAUCCUAGCAAUCCUCUUCUGGCAAGUCAACUGCUCUCUGGGGCAAUGCCACAGAUUCCCAGUAGCUCAGCUACCUCUCCGUCCACACCUACGUCCACCAUGAACUGUUUGAAGAGAAAGUUGGAAGAGAAAGCUGGCACUAGUCCAGGAGAGAAUGACAGCACAAACAGUGGGGAAGAGCCCCAGAGAGACAAGAGGCUUAGAACUACCAUCACACCUGAGCAGCUAGAGGUCCUUUAUCAGAAGUACUUAUUAGAUUCUAAUCCAACACGUAAAAUGCUUGACCACAUUGCCCAUGAGGUUGGAUUAAAGAAGAGAGUAGUGCAAGUCUGGUUUCAGAACACCAGGGCAAGAGAGCGAAAAGGCCAGUUUAGAGCAGUCGGACCAGCACAAGCUCAUCGCAGGUGUCCCUUUUGUCGAGCACUGUUUAAAGCAAAAACAGCACUUGAGGCACACAUUCGCUCCCGCCACUGGCAUGAAGCCAAACGAGCUGGAUAUAAUUUAGCUCUCUCUGACCAAGAAGGUUUGCAAAUAAAAAUGGAUGCUUUAGAGACCACUAGUUACUCACAGAUGGCCUCUGCAAAUACUGAUGGACAGAGCUCCUCCAUGUCCCCUGUAAAUAAGGGCUUGGACUUGUCUCCCAGGGCUCUGCUGAGCCCCUCUUCCAUCAAGGUGGAGGGAAUGGAAGAGUUUGAGAGUGCGGCCAUGUCUUCUGUGAACCUCAGCUUUGAUCACAGCAAAAUCGAUAAUGAUGACUGUUCUUCUGUAAACACAGCCAUCACAGAUACAACCACAGGUGAUGAGGCCAUCGCAGACAAUGACAGUGCAGACGCAAAGCACAGCCACAACAGUGGUGAUUACAUGUCUAAGUCUGGAGGCUCAGUCCCCAUGCUUGAAAAUGAUGACCAGAUGUCUUCAGGGCUUGUCAGCCCUGCAACAAGCUACUAUGCUAAGGACUAUGAAAAUGAACAUAUAAUUGACCACAGUGAGACCUCCAGCCUGGCUGAUCCCUGCUCGCCAAGUCCUGGAGCCUCAGGAACCAGGAGCAUUGACAGUGGAGAUAGACCUGGACAAAAGCGCUUCAGAACGCAGAUGACUAACCUCCAGCUAAAAGUGUUGAAGUCCUGUUUCAGUGACUACAGGACUCCCACUAUGCUGGAAUGUGAAGUACUUGGUAAUGACAUAGGACUUCCAAAGAGAGUGGUUCAGGUGUGGUUUCAAAAUGCUCGUGCCAAGGAGAAAAAGGCAAAGCUCAACAUGGCCAAGCACUUUGGAAUAAAUCAGACUUCCUACGAGGGGCCGAAGACAGAGUGCUCAUUGUGUGGUGUCAAGUACAGUGCUCGCCUCUCUGUUCGUGAUCACAUCUUCUCCCAGCAACACAUAUCUAAAGUAAAAGACACCAUAGGCAGCCAGAUUGACAAGGAAAAAGAAUACUUUGACCCAGCCACUGUCCGGCAACUUAUGGCUCAACAAGAGAUGGAUCGUAUUAAGAAAGCCAAUGAGGUGUUAGGAUUGGCGCAGCAGCAGGCCAUGCAGCAGCAGGGAAUGUUUGACAACCCAGCUAUGCAGGCCCUGAACCUUCAGUCAGCCUAUUCGAAUCUCCAAGGCAUCCCACCUGUCCUUCUGCCAGGGGUUGGUGGCCCCUCUCUUUCCAGCUUUAACUCGUCUAAUUCAGCUUUAACUCCUCCAAAACCUUCAAACCUCCUGAACAUGCCAGGUGCCAGUGUUCCCUCUCCCAGCCUCCCCACGUCUGGAUUACCCAAUAAACCUCCAUCUUCAUCGUCUGUUGCCGCAUCCAGCCCAUCACAAACCAACACAUCAGCUUCCCACUCCAGCCCUACCACAUCAAGUUCAACUUCCUCAACUACUCAGUCCAGCUCCAGGCCCGAAGCACCCAAAGAACGUGAUACUGAGAGGGUCAGGGAGAAGGAAAAGCCCAAGGAAAAGACGGAGAAGCCUUCAACUCCAUCGUCCACUGGAAGCACCCCUGCCCCUUCCACUUCAGCUGCCAGCGCCAAGAAGGAGAAACCAGAUACAGCUAUGCCUGCCACCUCUAUGCCUACACCUGGCAUGGAGUAUGUGGUUGAUCCUGCCCAGCUCCAGGCUCUUCAGGCUGCUCUGGCUUCUGAUCCCACAGCUCUACUCACCAACCAGUUCUUGCCGUACUUCAUGCCUGGCUUUUCUCCAUACUACACUCCACAGAUCCCUGGAGCUCUCCAAGGGGGAUACUUGCAGCCUAUGUAUGGUAUGGAAAGUCUCUUCCCUUACAACCCAGCAUUGUCACAGGCGUUGAUGGGUCUGUCUCCAGGGUCUCUACUGCAACAUUACCAGCAAUAUCAGCAGAGCUUACAGGAGGCACUUCAGCAGCAGCAGCAGCAGCAACAGCAACAGCAGCAGCAGCAACAGCAGCAGCAACAGCAGCAGCAACAGCGGCAGCUUCAGCAGAUCCAGCAACCCAAGGCGAGCCAAACUACAGGUCCCUCUCAGUCUUUGGGGGAUCGUAAAGAAUCUGCCAAAGAUGCUGUAAAAACAGAGGAGCAAAAGGGCAACUCCAGUAAUGAUCCCCCCACUUCUUCCUCUUCCUCCACCCACAACAAAGUACCCACUGAGCAGAAUGAGAGGGAUGGCAAAGCUGGUGACCCACAUCUGGAUCCAUUCAUUGUCCCCAAAGUGCAGUAUAAACUGGCAUGCCGCAAAUGUCAAGCCGUUUUCACCAAGGAAGAAGCAGCUGUUACCCAUCUUAAAUCGAACUGCUUUUUCGGUCAGUCUGUGGCAAACCUGCAAGAGAUGUUGAUGCGUGUCCCCAGCAGCGUAAGUGCAGGGACUGGAGGUUUCUAUGACUGUCUGGCUUGUGACACUACGUUGGAUGGAGAGAAAGCACUCAGUCAACAUCUGGAAUCGGCGUUGCACAAACACAGAACAAUCAAACGAUCAGCCAGAAAUGCCAAAGAGCACGCUUCUAGUUUAUUACCUCACUCUUCAGCCUGCUUCCCCAAUCCUAACACCACAUCUACCUCGCAGUCUGCCACUCAUCCCAUCAGCAGUCCCACCACUCCGCCAACGACAUUGACCACCAUGCCAUCCUCCGCCGCCUCCUCUUCUUUGUGCUCCACCUCGACCACCCCAGUCAACACCACAGCUGCCGGUAAACCCUGGCCCCAGGCCACUUUCUCCAGAGCUUUAGCUGGGAAACCCAAUGCCAGUCCCUCCUCUUGUUCCUCUUCUUUUCCCCCAGUGUCCUCACCUUCAACGGUUACCUCAAGUUCAUUGAGCACCUCAGGAGUUCAGACCUCGAUACCAACAGACGUCUUUACUGACGAGUCUGACUCUGACAACAGUCAGAAGUCAACAGACAGGCCAGGCAUGACGGUGGAGGAGCCGCAGCAGCCUGGUUUUGUCAAAGACAGUAGUAGUUGUAGUAGUAAUCUUGCUAGUGUAGGAACAGACUCCAUCAGAUUGUAAAAGAGCUUUCAGUGAUGAACAAUAUUUAAAAAACACAAAAAGACAAAAAAAACACAAAAAAAAAACAAAAAAAAAGAGCAGCAAUGUUAAAAAUACAUUAAAAUAUACAAACCAAUUUCAGAAAAGAUGUGUAAAGACUAACUGCAAUUCCAAAGCUUGUAACCAAAAAUUUAAAUGUUAGUGGAUUGUUUUCCCAUAUCAACAUGCUGGUUCCAUUUUUAUUUUAUUUUAUUUUUUUAUUAUUAUUAUUUUUUGUUUGUUUGUUUUUAAUUUUACUCAACUGAAAUACAUGCCUACUAAUAUAUGAGAAUAGAAAAGAUCACUGCAGUUAUGUUUUAGGUGAAGGUAGAGGGAUGCUGUACUGUAUGGCAAUGGACUGCCUCAAAGUUGACAAAUGGCCUACGAAACCUUUCAAAGAAAUGUGCGUCAACAAGCUGUCCCUUUGUUUUGUAAUGAUUUCUACUUAAUAGCACAGUCACAAAAAGCCAGUAUGUACUGUAUGGGAGAAUAGUCUAUCAGUUUUCUUGCUAUUUAAGCAUUCAGAUACCAAUGGCUUGCAAAACAAAAAAAUUAUGUAAUGUCUAUUUUAUUCUCAGGUCAAAGCUCACAGAUAUUUUUUUUCUGUUACAGAAAUCCAUUUUUACACAUUUUGUUCUCAUCAAAAGAUGAACAUUUGUUUUUCUUCUCCUUCAAAACUUGAUUUAUUAUUAGUAAAAACUUUUUUAUUAUUUGAAAUUCAAUAAGGCAUUGUUUCUGGGCAUUUAAAAGGGGGAAAUAAUUUUAAUAUCAGACGUCCUUUUCUAAAAAGGGAGAAACAAGCAAUCCCAGACAUGGAGAGCACUGCAGAAACAAUUAUGGGCGAAAAAGUGUUUUGAUUGAACCUAAAAAAAAAAAUGACAUUCUGUAUUUAUGAUAAAUAUGAACAGUUUCGGUGUUAAGUAGAUUGUUGCAUUGGAAUUGAAUUGAAACAGUAUGGUAGGUUGAAAAUGAAAAGUUGUUGUACAUUUAGCUUUUGUAUUGUCCAACUUUAAGACACUUCAUUUGAUGUUGUCUCGGUCAUUCCAAUAGUCUAGAUCUAUGGACAGAUAAUUUAUAUAAAGUUUUUUUCCGUCUUAUUCUCAAAUAUUUGGGCGACAUUCACCCAAACUCUGCUCCUGAUGAGGAAGGACCCUCUUUUAGAACUAUUUAAAUUUUAUAGUAGGCUUGGUUUUCUAUUAACCAAGAUAAAAAAAAACAGAUCCCGGGUGAAAUAUUGAAAGUUUUAUUUUUAUUUAAUUUUUAUGUUACCUUUGUGCACUUAUCACUGUCUGACUUCUAUUUCUCACUCUUCUUAUUCUUCUCGGUGCACUUAUUUUUCCUCUGCUCCCCUGCGUUUGUAGAUUUGUACGCUACAACGCAGGCCUCUUUGUUCUUCAUGUAGUGCGGUUACAGUCUUUAUUUUCAUUUUGACAUUUUUGUUGUCAUAAAUGAAAAACGAAAAAAGAAAUACUAAUAAUAAUUCUCACGCUUUAAGACAAAAAGAAAAUCCAAAGACGAAACACUUUCACCAUUGGUGCAUAAAGAUGAGAAAAGAGGCUUCUUUAUACUUGAGAAUUUGUUGCUGUUUUUAGUGGAAAGAAAACAAAGUUUUAAAAGAUAAAGGAGUACGCAUCAGAGCUGCCGCAUUUGCUUCUCUGCGGGCAAACAGGUAGCUUUUUUACGUAAAUACCAAAAACCAAAAAGGGCCCUUGUCCUUGCAUUGUGGAGUAGCACCGUUACAGAGCCAUUGCAGUUUGUAAGAUAGAGGUUAUUAUUCUUUCUUUGACUCUUUUGUCACAUUAAAAUGUCCAUUUUUUAAAAAAAAAUAAAAAAAAUGUAUAAGGUCUGGUCUUCAAGGACAUACGUUUUGCUGCUAAUGUAGAAUUUUGAAAGAAAAAAGUACCUAGAUGCAUGCUCAUUUUGCUUUUGGCUAAGCUUUAACGAAAACAAACAAUAAAACCAAUUUCUUGCCUCUGCGACACCUUUUUUUUUCCUUGUUGCAAAAACGGAACUUUGAAGACUGUGAAUAUUUGUUCCAAAGGACAUUUUGCCGAGUUUAGUUUUUUGUUUGAUUUGUUUUGUUUUGAACAUACCAAUGUUUGAAGCCAAUGAUCUAUAACAUUUGUAAAGACCAGUGCAUUCCAAACGUCACAAUGGAUUUUUCUUAAGUGAGGACUGAUCCUGUUUCAUUCAGUUGCUUUCGAUCGUCACUUCUUUUUGUUAUUCGUUUAAAAGUGACUAAACUGUUGUGUAAAUUCUUUGUGUCAUCGGUCCCUGAAAAUGGUGACCUCCUUAUGUCAUUUUUGUGCUGGCAUGGAACGUUGCUGAAAAUCCCUUCAUCCAGUCAAGGUUGUUGCUCACUUGUUAAGCAAGUAAUAGUGGUUACCAAAAAAUGUAUAUAAUACAUCUGGUACUGAUGUGUCUCAUAGGUUUAGUAGCAUUUAUGCCAGUUAACAUACAACUAGUCUGACAGGGAAAUGAUGGCUGUUUUUGCUGAGGUGUCAUUGCCCCCCCCCCCAGUUUUCCUGGGAACAUGACUUGUCCCAUGGGUCUGCAGGGUGCCACUAUCCCACAUAGUUUACAGCUUUUCAAGGGGCAUCUUCAAUCCAAAGCAUUGUUUCUGGAAAAAGUAGGAGGUUCCUUGGAGAUGUCCCUUGUUUUCAAAUACUUUGAAUGCUUUCAUGUCCAAAGAAGUCACCAACCUCUGUUUAUUGCAAUAGAAAUCCACGGGCAUAAUUAUCAUCGCCUUCCCACUGAUCCUGAGAUUUUGUUUUCCCUCCAGCCCCCUACCCAGGCAUAUUUAAAAUUUGUAAAGAACUGACUGACGUCACACAACAUGGCUUAUAUUCACCCCUGAAAAAAUUCAGGGCAAAAUCUCAGAAAUAUAUUCAAGUGCUAUGUGAUUUGGUGUUAAUACCUACAGCAUGCUGUUGAAAGUUGCUAGAUUUGUUUGGAAACGCUCUGAAUUAUCUCAUGUCCAGUUCCCUUCAAAAGAAGAAAAAAAACAAUCCUAGGUUGUACAGGUUUUUUUUUUGUUAGUUUUUUUUUUAUAUAUUAUUUCUUUAUUUUAAUUUCCAGAUUAUGUCAGACAUUCAUUUUAUUUUUAUAUAAGAAUUUCUUUUUAAAUGUUUUAUAUUACUUUAUUAUAAAUUAACAUUAGCUUUAAUUUGAAUCACAAAAAUUGAGAAACAAUUUUGAGAAAAAUAUGAACUGGCCACUUUAUGGUGUAAUAAUGUGCUUUCAGUCAACGAUAAAAGUCGUCUUUUAUUUCCAAAGUGAAAUCUCUUUGGCUGUUGAGCCAAAGAGAAAUUUAAAAUCCCUGCAUUCGAUUUUUUUCCCAGCAUGGACUGUGUGUGUAAUUUGAUGUUUGUGUGAGAGAUUUUUUAUAAGUCAUUUUUCUUUGUUUGCCCUUGGAUUUUUAUUUUGUAUGUUACACACCAAAAAGAAGGGAAAAAAAACAGAACCACAAAGCUGGAUUUAAACAAGUGAAAUUUAGAAAAUCAAAAUUCAAUGUUAACGAUCAGAAACGUGAAUAAAGACAAAGAAGCACUGAGCAGUUUUUACUCUGAUUGAACAUUUGAAUGUGGCCAAAGCUUUAUGCAUCUGAAACAAACAAAAAUACACCUGUCCCAGAAUUAUUGUGUAUUUGACUGUGGCACACAAUGAUCGUGUGGAUGAAUAGAUCCACUCUCUUUUCAGUGUGAUACUUGAUUCUAAUGGACAUUUUCAAAGACAGGUAACCAGAAGGUUUUGCUGUAGAGGUCCAUCUUUGCCCACUGUGAAAAUGCAGUUGUACCUGUAUACAGAUAUAGAUAUAUUUAAAACAAAAUGUCAUCUUUUUUUGUUGGUUUCUUUUGAGAUGAAGAAAUAAUGACGAGGAAAAAAAAAAACUGACUCGGGGAAGCUUUUAGGAGGACUCGAAAGGCUGUGGGCACACCAAAACUGGGCAUGGGAGCCAAAAUGGGCUCAAAACAGCUUUAAUAUCACCUCCUUUUCGAUUACUUCAAACUAUGUAAUGGAAAUGGACUCUGGAACCAAUGGACGUGAAGAUGAAACUGAACUGUUGUGGCUUCAGCUGCCUGCUUCUCCUUUCUGUCUGUCUUUUUUCUUUUCUCCAGCUCUGCCUCUGCUUCUGCUUUUAACAGACGUUGGACGUCCACAGUACAGACAGAGAAAGCUGCUUCAUUUCACCCGCUCCAUGUCGCUACCUGUUUAUAUUUCCUCGUACUCGUCAGCGGUUGACGAGUGCGAGCUCUCCAGUCAAAUGACGGCUCACGUUGCUCUCUCUGUUGAUUACAUCUUCUCUAAAAAGAGAGAGAGAAAAGAAUUUCACAGGGAAGGAAAAGGGUUCUCAAAGGUGUCAUUCUUUAAAGAGGCAGUUACACUUAAAAAGCGUAUUAACCAAAAUUAACAACCAAACUAACAACCAAACAACCAUUUGCUCCAACUUGAAAGAUGAACUGUUACUUGGAGCUCUCUGUUCCUUUGUGACUUCUGGUGCCACAAUGUUUUUUUAAUGCUUUUAGUUUGUUUUUUUUCUUUCUUUCUUUCAAUUACUUCUCCUUCGAGCCUCAUAAGCAUGGCUCUGUGGUUCCAGGCAGCCCAUCAGAGGGUAGAAAAAAACAGCCUUGCAAUGUACAAAAAAGAGCAAGUUAAACCAAAAAUGUUGUUCUUGAUGUCUUUUCUAUACUGUAGUCUUGUUAGCUUUUUUGUUACUGUAAUUAUAUGAUGAAGAUUUCCAAACUGUACCAAAUUACAUGGAAACUAACAAACAUACAACCAUACGGAACUUCAGACUUUUAAACAAACUUUUGUCACAAAACCUUGUUGUCCUAGUUAAGUUGAUUGUAGAUGGUAAUUGAAUAUACUCCUUUGAAAAUAUUUCAUCAAGUAUGUUUCUUGCUCAUUGUGAUACAUUAAAAAUAUGAGCAUAAAUUGCA